AAUCAGAAUAGAAUCAAGUGCAAAAUGCCUGAACUUAUCGAGCAGAUGUACUGCUCGCAGCAGAUUGUCAUCCCGCCGAAGUUUCCCUACAUCUUAAAGCGGUACUGCAAAGCGGCUAUAAAGACGCAGCCAUACGAUCUCCUACGCUGGUCGUAUGAGUACUUCAAUGCGCUUGCGCAGCAUAAACCACCGCCUGUCAAGCUGAGGCUAGAAUACCCUGUCUAUACUACCGAAGGCGGACUUACACGAGGAUGCUUGAAAGUCUUGGCUCAACAGUUGUCAACGAUGGAAGAAGUACCAUUGCCAGUGCUGAAGGCGGCGUGGCGCGGCUUCUGUUUAGACAACGAGGAGCUGCAGAGGAUCUUGAGCCUUUGUGAAGUGUUCCUGCGAAAGGAGACUGUACCGUUCUUGCAUUUCGUAGCCGUGGCUGCGGGGUUAUUGACUAAGACUCUAACUCACACAAUGGUCUUGCUCUGCGAGACUUUGACUAAAGAGCCGGAAGGUGGUUCUGCAGCGAUACCAGUGGAUCACUUCCUCCAGAUGUACGUACUGCUCGCUCGAAUGGACGCGUCUAAAGACGUCAAAUACAUCGACGGUUAUAGAGAAGGUUUCGCUCCUGAGCCGGAAGCUGAAUCCGUGAGCGAGAUCUUGAAGUCUACAGAAUCGCCGAUAGAAGACGAGUCAUCGGAUGAUUUCUGGCACGACAAAGACUUGAAGAAAAUCAGCAUUAUAAAUGACAAUGUGCCGCGCUCCGCGAGGAUCAGUAUGAAAUUGAAUAUGCCACUGAUAGGGAAGUUGGAAAGACCACCGUCUGUGGAGAGAGCAGGACAAAUUGAACGGGAAAACUACUUCAGAGAGAGACAAGAUAGAGCUGAGCCUGACCAAGAAGUUGAUCAAAAACUUCGGGAAAUUAGUGCUUCGAAAAUGACUCCUGAAGAAGCAGCAAAGAAAGAUGUACAGGCGGCGGACAAGCAAGCCGAAUCAAAGAAAGAUGGGAUUCUUAUAAAUAUCUACGACGAGGAGGGUGCUGUAAUACCAUACAAAAUUUAUGGUGAAUCGAAAGUAGAUUUAACUGUGGAAGAAUACGAAGCUAAGAGUGACGUAGAAAAGGAACAAGAGACAGAAAAAUCUAACAGGGAUGAGGAAAUAUCAAAAAUAGAAGAACUUAUUGCAGAAUGUUAUGCGGCCCGCGAGGAGCGCCGUGCCGAUCUGGAGUUCACAUUCGACGAAAUAGCUCUGAUUGUCGAUAAGUUUAAGACUGCUAAUUAUGAUUUGGGUAUGAUUGCCGGUAGACAGAUGUCGACAACUAGCGGGGAGUUCAUCGUGGAGCAUGUGGAGAAGGAGAUUAUGGAGAAAGUCAACGAACAGAUUGAUAUCCUGCCAGAUCCCUCUUUGAAGAAGAAAAAGGCUAAACCUGAAGAAGUAGCGAUGGUACGGGAUAUCAUAAAGAAUUUUAUUGACGAAAACAUGGAUGUUAUUGUCCCUGAAGAGGAGGAAGUUGAAGAGGAGGAACUGCCGAUACCGACGAUAAUAAACGUAUACGCGGUACCCGGUAUCGGUCCGCCGGUGGAAGAGCACAUCAUAAAAGACGUAGAAGACUACGCUGCAGAAGUGGCGAAGGUUCAAGUCGAGCUGUUCAUGCCGCGCAACAUACGGCACUUUAUGUGCCCACCCUUGGAGAAAUGCAUUGAAGAUGUACCCGAAAAAACACCCAAAAAGGAAGAAGUUCCAAUUGGUGGCGCCAUCACAGACUAGAAGCACGAAAAUGUUAUUACCAUACAGUAACUAUAGUAGUUCUAAACUCUAUUACGAGAGCAAUUAAUUAUUGAAUCUUUACUAUUUUCAGAUUUUCACAGUUAAUUUUAAUCAAUUUUAUUCAAUAUGUUACAUGUUUCAAUUCAUUUUCAUGUUAACUUUUGAACUUUAUUCAAUAAAGGAUUUUUUCAACUAUUAA